AUGAAUGCCGUUGAGGUUCUGCAUGUCCUUCUGGCGUGUCUAUGGUGCUAUGUGGACGCGAAGAAAGCACCAAAACGUUUCCGUAAGUGGUUUUUCUCUGCGACUUCUUUAUGCGUUCCAUUAAAUGUCACGCCAUUUUUAUUAUGCCUUUAUGGGAAUGGCGCGUCGAAAAUGCGUUACGGAUAGAGACAACAACAAGAAUUGUUUGCUUUCUGUGAAAAAGACUGCAAGAGAUUUGAUAACCCAGCUGAAAAUGAUAUCAAAUUAAAUGCCAAUAUGCCUAAAAAACAUCUCUUAACAACCCAUAAUUUCUCAACCUAAAUUUAGAUCAAUAUCUAGACUAUGGCUAUGUUCCGGAGGAUCCGAAGCCGGUUGUGAUGACUUCAACCCAUGUCCCAGUAACUGACGCCGGCCCUCAGUUAUGGCCCUUGGGGCGGAUCCCUUUCAUCGAUGAUCCGGAUCUAAUAGCCAAUGAAGAUCAAGCCGUUGCGCUUAACAAUGCACGUAUGGACCUACAAAUUCGGACGUGUGUCAAAUUUGUGCCAAGAAAAAACGAACGUGAUUACGUGUAUUUCACGGACCUCGGAAUGGACGUAGAGUAAGUGAGCAGGCAAUGCAAUGAAUCUUCUAGAUGUUGGAACAUGUUUGAGCAAAACCAUGGUCAUGUCGCUGUGAAUGCGGGACCUUCAUGUUUAGCCCCGAUGAAAUGGCCGUACAAACCACACCAAGUAUUUUCCGAUUGUGACAUUGAAUAUGUGAACCAUUUGUACAACUGUCCGCGAAGACAUCGAAAACACUCGCCAAUUUGUCCGGCCGGAAACACAAUCAUGGCAUUGCCACAGUAGGUUUUAAGAGCGUAUGGGGACACAUAAUGCCUUCAAAUUCAUCAUACUGUAUUCCAAGUUUAUGUUCUUUCUUCCAGGCCUGUAGUAGACACCCCAGAACCUCCAAUUCCCUUGCCCCCACCGAGCAAGAAGAAAGUCAAGAAAUCCAAAACGGCUCAUACUCCGUUCCCCCCUCAUAUUGAGUUACCAACUCCACCGCCUUUACCGUCAACAUCAACUUCAGGACAGCCGUCUCCUUUACCGAUGGAAUUGGAAGUUUUCACCUUAACCCCGACUCCAGAUCCAACGACGACGACGACUAUUUUAACAACCGAAACAACAACUACAACCACCACAACACCUCCAAUAACAACAAUGGAAACAACGGUUACAAAUACGUCUUCGGAGGCAACCACAACUGAAACCACUACGACAGCAGCUCCUAUUACAACGCAAAUGGUCCCCGAGCCGGAGCAAAGCAACAACGUUGGAAUCAGCCCGAUGAGCUCGUACCCUCCAACACCUCAACCAAUCACAGCUGAGGUCGUUGAGAACGUCUUCGAAUUUACGACAGAGCUGCCUACGGUUACUGACGAAGUUAGCGAGCUGAUUCCGAUAGUUCAGACCACCCAUAUCAAGGCAAAGAUGACAACUCAAACUUUUGCCCAAAAAAGCCAGGCAGGAAUCCGCGGGAAAAUCUCGCACAAAGACGGCUUAAAGAGCUACAAGAUGAAGCCUAUUCCAAUGGAUAUAAUGGAUGACAGGCCUAUUGGGACCUGUGGAAGCCCUUGCAAUUACACAGGCAGGUUUUUAUGUCAUAUGACGUGAUUCGCGGCUUCGCCAUUUCAACGUUUGUUUAAUUUUAGGCGGAGUCAUUCCUCUUCGUCGCUCAUACAACGACAAAUUGGGGAUUACCGAUCAUUUCUACACCGAGGAUCUGGUUGAGCAGAAAAAUAGGGUCCUGGACGGCUACUUGUUGCAGAGUGAGUCACUGAAGAAACGUUUUAUUUAUUCAAUAAUUUUUUUCAGCUCCAAUGGGUUACAUUGGGAAGUCAUCGAACGAUCCGUCCUGCACAUGCCUUAGACCAUUGUACCGGCUAUACAACGAAUUCCUAAGUAAGUUUCAACGAAAAGAACGUACAAGUGGUACGAUAAAUUACGUAAAUUUUGAUACAUUGACCUUUUUCCAAAGAAUUUUAAAAUCAAACAAGAAUACUGCGAAGACAUCUUCAUAAUGCAAACAAAAAUCGGAAUAAAAUUAAUGCAAACAGUCCACGGGAUACGGGGACAUCCGUUUUCACACAUAAUUUUUAUAUUUUUAGAAGACCAUCUUCUCACAUCCCGCGAGCACGAGAAAGAAGUUGCGGAAAGGAUAUUGGGUUACAAAUACGAGAAAGUCCUUGGGUUCUGUACAAAAGAGCCGGGCUGCGGCGCUUAUCUGCCGUUAUAUCGGUUCUACAACCCAAUCGCAAAAGGUAAAUUGAUUGGGCAAGAGGCCGAGCGUUUGACGAGAGCCGCGAAUAGUUGAAGCUAAGACAUGAUGUUUUUUCACAUAAAAUUUCCAGAUCAUUUAUACACCGUCGACGAGCAGGAAAUGCAAUACUACAAAAAGCAUCCCGAGCAUGCGUAUGGCUUUGAAUACAUUGAAUGCUACGUGUGGAAACAGCAACAAGUCGGAGCGGACUGCCCUCUUCAGAACCUCGCGAUCAACAAGGCCGAGUUGGCACAAUUGGCAUUAAUGGGUUGGAACAACACAUAA